GCACACACCCCCGGUUACCUACCUCCGCUUCGAGCACCUCCCCUGCCGCCCAAUGGUCGACCAGCAUCGCCGAUGUCGGGGGCUGUGUUUUAUCGCCGUGUACGGCUGGAUAGCGAGGGUGAAGCCUUCCGCAGCGCUACUGGUCACUUCAACAUCAACAUCGUCGAUGAUGAUGAUGUUGCCAUCGUCACCCAGAAUGACGAUGAUGGUGUCGGGCACCGGCAGUCGCCAAGCUCCCGCACAGCUCCCCUCGGGACGCUUCGCCGCGUGCUGGCCCGUGGGGCUGGGUCAGUACAACGGUGGGCCGGCGGUGUUCCUGGCGAACAAGCGCCGCAUCCUGGAUCCGCGCGAAGAGGUCCUGCCCAUCCCCAUCCCCGAAGAGGCUGCACCGUUGCUCAGCGAAGCCAUGCAACCGCGAGACGUGAGCGUCGCGGUCCUCCUCCAGACAUGCAGACCGCUGUUCGGCCGAAACGGCGGCAUGUACGACAAUAUACCCUGGGAAUGGAGUGGUGAUGAGAUGGCCAAGAGAGAGGCGUUCCAGAGAUCACAGGGCAAAGGCAUGAUGGACAUCGCGGCGGGUGUUGGCGGUGGAGGCGGCGGCGGUGGAGACCCCGGGACCCAGCAGCAGACGCGGGCCUUCGGCUCGGCGUACGGGCUGCUCGCCGACGUGGCCACCACCCUGUGCCCCGCCGACAUCCUUAGCCUGUUUGUGGAAGAGGAGGAGAGCGGAGCCGGGGGUAUGACGCUAGGAGCGUCGGCAUACCUUCGCCGAUGGCAAGACGCGGAGGGAAGGGGGGGACAGAGGAGCAUAAUCGAGGUCACGACCGACGAAGCCGUAGGAGUUGCUCUUGCUCUCGGACGUCAGGUGUACGUGGACGAGGACAUCUGGGAGGGAGGUCGCGUGCGGGUAAAGUUUGUCAUGAACGGGAACAAGAUGCGGUUGGAUCUCGACAACAUGGAGGGGAGAGACGUGUCGUCGACCUCCGACAAGGUGGCCCCGCCGGUGCAGCCCCCCGCAUGGACGAUAAAGUCGAGAGGGGCCCUGUCCCGCAUGUCGGUGGAGGAGAAGCGGGAGUGCCUCAGGGCUACCGGCGUGCGGCCGCCCCGAAAACGCGCCCUGUCUGAAUCAGAGGACCCUGACAAAGACCUCGAGAACCUCAUGCUGCCACUAAUGGACGAAGCGGUCCGUCGGGACGUGCUGAUGGCGAGGGCGUGGCGGGAGGGGGACUUCGCUACGGCCGGCGAGCUGUGCGCGGGGAAGAGCGAGAGGCACAUCGUUGCGGAGCAGCUGCAAGCCGCGUUGAAAGACAACGACCAAGACUUGGCGAGCAUCCUCAUGCAGAGGCUCGAGAUCUUGGAGAGCUGCCGGAUGGACCCCACCCAGGACGAGGGUUCCUACCAGAGGGACCUCGACGUCGACGAGUGGUACGAGGCAGACCGCCGGAGGGCCAGACAAGGGUGAAUGAAGUGAAAACUCGAGACUCACAUCGCAAAGCAGCACACAAGUGAUCCUGAUUGUUUGUCGUGCAUUCUGCGACCACUCCAGACGCGGGUUAGUUCAGCAUGGCGUCGUGAUGGAGAUGUGUGAUGUUGGGGUUCUACGUUCUACCACAUGGCCCAGGAUCUCUAGACUAAACCUGAAGUAGGACCAUCCCCACACCAAGACUGACGCCCAGAGGCCAGGUUGUGGGUGGAUCGUGCGGCACCAGCUGCAAGCGCUGGGAUCCGGAGGUUUGCACCCCGAAGCGAGCAAAUAAUCCCGCGUACACUUCGAAGAAUGUGGCGUUAUUCCCAGUGUCUGGCACCGUCAAGGUUGUUGAAAGUCGAGCCUGGCUUCCCAACCUCCCCAUACAACCCUUUGCACGUUGUGAUUCUGUGCCCCCAACUUUCCACCUCUGGCCACACCAGUGAAUCUUUCCUUACUUGCCCACACCCGCCCCUUCUCGACGCCGCGCUUGAGGCCUGUUUCUGGUUUUGGAUGAAAGCUUGGCGUGGUGAAAAGAGGGUCGUCGUCGCUCCGGCGUGUGGUGGCUUGUGGUAGAGGGGGUCACUGCAGUAGAAACAAAGCUGUUCACCAGAGAGACGCCGGCCCAGCGCGGGUAACAUGGUUGAGUGAGAUCCCUGGCGGAAAAGCACAUGAUACCUCUUUUGAGCCAUCUUGGGGUACUGGGCUACGUUUGCUUUGUCGUUGCAGGUCCCAGGUCGUGUCUGGGUGUCAUGUUUGUAAAUUCAGUCCAGUUGUUGGCAUCGCUUCCGGGUCAUUUUGACGGAAGCGGUGCACGACAGCUGUAUGUAGAGCAACAGCCGCUGCUUGCUGGUGCCAUCUCUUUGAUCUUGGUUUGUGGAACGUUUGUGUCGAGGGACGUCAUUGACGCGAGCCAUCAAACCAUGUCGUAGGGAUUUUGUUUGGGUGUCGAAAAUAAAAUACGAGUGACAAAGAGUUAAUUGUUUUUGUCCAGUUACCAACCGCUCUCUCCGUCGAGUGCGAGCUGGACGCGAGAGGCGAGAUGCGCACCGUAUCGAAUGAUGCUGCCGGGACAGUGCUGCCGCAGUUGUCGCCCUCCGCUUUCACGUGUUUGAUUCGUGCAAGAUUACGUGAGGCCGCAUGAGGCGUGCUGCGGACCCCUGUUAAACGCAGGGAGUUGAGUUCGGGGUCAUUCGAAGCUGAAUUGAAGCUCACCACUCCCUGUUCUGCUUCAAGAUUCACAAGUUUUCGUUCCUCUGUUGCACUUUCGGAUCAAGCUGACCUUACGUGCUGGGGUUUCGAUCAUGUUUGCAGUGAAGACAGCGCACAUGAGGUUCCCCAGACGAUGAUUCGGAUCUGGUUUUUCAGCAACACGUGGCGAUGGCGACAUUCUUCUGUUCUUUCGAACGGGGAUUCAUUCGUUGGCAGUACGAAUUCGAAGUCCCGCAAUGGCGUCGCGGGAUUGUGUACCGUGGAUAGAUGGUUGUGAAUCUCGAUGGAGUGAACAUAUCCAGGA